AUGAAUACCUCGUUUGAAUAAAUAAACAAAUCCCCAUUGAAUCAUUCUGUUUCCAAAUAGCUUUACUCUUUCCCAAAAGCCAAUCGAUUCAAAGAAUUCAAGGAUACAGCAUGUCCAAACAUUUACACACUCCCAAGUAUGAUGAGCAAACGUGGAGCUGGAAUUGGAUAUGGAUAAAAGUCAGACUUGAUCUCAGAAAGCAUUACACCAGGCCCAAAUAAUUAUCAAAUUAGGACUACUCUCAAUACAAGCAAUGGUUGGACUAUGCCUGUCGGCAGAGAUAAAAGCAAUAAAUAUGAAGGUAUCUUUCUUGGUUUAAUUCAAAAAACCCCAGGACCAGGACAAUAUGAGUUCCAUGAAUCUAAGUCUCCAAUCAAAUACUCUAUGAGAAUGAGGACUGAAAGUCAUAAGGAAAAAGAUAGGAAACCUGGACCUGGAGAAUACAAUUUGCCAGAAGCACUAACUGAAAAUGGAAAAUAUUAAAUUAGCAAGUUUAGAGAUUCUGGUGCAAUCAUUCUCUCUCCACCCAAAGCCUUGAGUUCUCGUUUCUCUCCUGCUCAUUAACGCACUCCAGGCCCAGGAUAAUAUCAACACAAAGGAGACAUCGAUCCCUAAGGACUUUAUUAUUGUUCCAAAUUCGCAGACACAAAAUCUACAGUCUUCACUAAGGCAAAAAGAGAACUAACUAAAAUUAGAAUGGAAUCUCCUGGUCCAGGAGCCUAUAAAUUACCAUCAGAAUUCGGUUUUUAUGAAAAAUCGAUUAAAUGA